AUGUCCAAAGUCCUCCUCGUUCUCUACGAUGGUGGCCACCACGCAAACGAGCAACCAGGCCUUUUGGGAACCACCGAAAAUGAGCUUGGAAUUCGCAAAUGGCUCGAGGACCAGGGCCAUACUCUCGUGACUACAUCUGACAAAGAAGGCGAAAACUCGAAAUUCGAUCAAGAAUUGGUAGAUGCAGAGGUCAUCAUUACCACCCCUUUCCAUCCCGGCUACCUAACCGCUGAGCGCCUCGCAAAAGCCAAAAAGCUCAAACUCGCCAUCACAGCCGGUAUCGGCUCCGACCACGUCGACCUGAACGCCGCUAACGAGACAAAUGGCGGGGUCACCGUCGCCGAAGUCACGGGCUCCAACGUCGUCUCUGUCGCUGAGCACGUCAUCAUGACCAUCCUUAAUCUGGUGCGCAAUUUCGUGCCCGCCCACGAGCAGAUUCAAGCCGGUGAGUGGGACGUCGCUGGCGCCGCGAAAGACGAGUAUGAUCUCGAAGGUAAAGUUGUGGGCACAGUGGCAGUGGGGAGAAUUGGGGAACGUGUGUUAAGGAGACUAAAGCCGUUCGAUUGCAAAGAGCUGUUGUAUUUCGAUUACCAGCCAUUGGAUGCGGCCAAGGAGAAAGAGAUUGGGUGUAGGCGAGUCGAGAGUCUGGAGGAGAUGCUGGGCCAGUGUGAUGUUGUGACAAUCAAUUGCCCAUUGCAUGAGAAGACGAGAGGGCUGUUCAACAAGGAAUUGCUUGGGAAGAUGAAGAAGGGCGCAUGGCUCGUCAACACCGCCCGCGGUGCCAUCGUCGUGAAAGAAGAUGUCGCCGAUGCCUUGGCUUCUGGUCAACUCCGCGGCUAUGGCGGCGACGUCUGGUUCCCGCAACCGGCACCAAAAGACCACCCGCUCCGCUACGCAAAGAACACGUUUGGUGGUGGCAAUGCCAUGGUGCCUCACAUGUCCGGAACUAGCCUCGACGCCCAAAAGAGGUAUGCCGUAGGCACGAAGAAUAUCUUGGACAGUUAUUUCUCGGGGAGAUUCGACUAUAGGCCUGAGGAUUUGAUUGUCAAGGACGGAGAUUACGCUACUAAGGCUUACGGACAGAGGGCUGAGGCGGCGAAGAAGGCGUGA